GACGUCACACAACACAACACCAUAUCGCAGACCGACAUUACCGUACUCCCUGAGCGUCAAUUGUUCUAUUCGCCAUGGCUUCCUCCAUCUUCUACUGCGGCAUCGCUCGCGGAACAGUAAUCCUCUCCGAACAUUCCUCCCCCUCAACAUCCUCCGACCCUUCCUCCGUCGCCGCCCAAGUCUUCCCGAAAAUCACCCCCGGCAGCAAACUCACCUACGUCCACGGCUCAAACCUCAUUCACUACAUUUCGUCCCCCGCGACCCCGACUUUACCGAGUGGUGUUACGUAUCUGUGUAUCGCGACGGAAGAUGUGGGGAGGAGGGUGCCCUUUGCAUUGUUGGCUGAUAUUAAAGCGAGGUUCACGGCGGAGUUUGGGGAGGAGGAGGUGGGUGCCGCUGAAGUCUACGGAAUGGCCUCUUUUAACUCCACGCUUCGGGAGCGGAUUCUGUGGGCGGAGGAUGGAGCUCCUGGGGCCGGCAACGUCGGUGGACCCGGAAACUCGGAUCGUGCGAAACAGGUGAAGGCGGAGAUCGACCAAGUUAAGGACGUAAUGGUGCAGAAUAUUGAAAGGGUCCUAGAGAGGGGCGAGAGAAUCGAUUUGUUGGUGAAUAAGACGGAUCAACUCAAUAACCAAGCAUUUCAGUUUCGCAAACGGUCGACUGCGUUGAGGAGGCGGAUGUGGUGGAAGAGUACGAGAAUGCUUGGAUUACUGAUUGGUACGAUCGUCUUCUUGAUGUAUCUCGCUGUGGGGGCUGCGUGUGGUUUACCAGGUUGGCAGCAGUGUAGGAGGUAAUGGAUGCUUUAUAACUAUCUUAGUUGAUAUACCCUCAUAUUAAUAUGCCAUUUUCCUGCGGAACAAUAGGCGUCGACGUGGGCUGCGUAGCUGGCACUGGCCAUGUCAUCGGCAUCUGUUGUGACGCUAGCAUCCCACCACUAGCCAGACGAAGUUUAUCAUCCUCUGCCUCUCGU